AUGUAUUUUUCUCAUUCAGUUACUGUUAAGACACUAUUUUCAUUCUCGCUUAACCACUUCGCGCUUACUCUUGAUCCAAGUCCAUAUCCUGCCUCUGUAGUCAACUUGGCCCUACCUCCUGAUUCUGCUAGUAAGGCCUUUAGAAGUUUCAGCCUUACCGACGGUAUCGGAUCCUCCACUUCCACACACCUUGGCUUAGCUGCCAGCGGCUUUCAGAUCACUUUCAACCUGUCCGAGGCUAGCUUUGUUGACGCACACUUUGUCUAUAUCACUCGGCUUAGAUUUGCGCUGAGCCAUUCUUCGGCGUCUGAACUUGAUACGUCUCUCGUUUCAUGGUCUUUUGUCGCCACCAGACAGAAAACUUCUUUCUCCUUAUUUAGCCUAGACAAAACAACUGGUAAAUGCUUUUUCUAUACUUUAUUAAUCGAGAUCAUUUCGUAUUGUUUUAAUGAUUUUUCAUUUUAUGUAUACUCGCCUAUACCUGCUCCGUUAUAUCUCUGCAAUUUUUGA